GUAUCAAUCAGCGAUGCUGAAGAAGUCCAUAGCUACCUGACAUAGCUUUCUCGGCCCCUUUUCAGGCCUCCCUCAGACAAUGCAACAUGCCAAGGACUUAUUUCUCCCGUGUCUCCUAGUCUUCUACUAUUCUCUAGGCCGGUGGUGUUCCCUUGACUAGCUGCAGCUAAUCAACUAAUCACGGCCGAUCAUGCAUCUCCAAGCGCCCUCGUAGCCGCCGGGGUCUCGACGCUGCAUCUCAGAGGCCAGUUCCUUGUUUCCCCUCGUUUGAUGCCUAUAUAUAUCAGAAUGUCCGAUUUUUAUCCCUCCUGCUCCCCGCGCUUCUCCUGUCUCUACAUUUUCCCCUCGUAGCCCAAUUCUGCCACUAUCCAACAGGUCACCAUGCCUCCGAUGCAGGGUGAAGAGCGUGUGCUGACCGUUUUUGCCGACAUUCAUUACUAUUUCACAGCCCCCACCCCCAAGCCUUUGCAUCAUCGGUUUGAUAAAGGCUCAUACCUCUAUCUUUACUACAAUGCCACCCAGCAGAAGAUACGGAUUGAGGUAGCCAACAACCCAGGCGCCCCCGAACAAGACUCGUUCAAUGGAGCCCUCGACCGGGUUCAUGUCCGCCAUUCGACCAGGUUCCCGUCUCUAUGUACAUUAACGGUGGAUGGGCAAGUGCAACCUCAGGGACAAGCCUUUCCCCCGCCCCCAGGUGCCGAUGCCUACGAAUGGCUACUGCCAAGUGGUGAUCCUCGUGAGCAGAGCGACGACCUUUUGCUUCUUCACACGUUGGACAUCUAUUUUUGGACGUCUGACGACGCAGGCAAGUUUCUGGACUUGAUUGAGCGCUGUCUUUCCCGCUCCCAGAUAGAGACAGACCGGCAACCGCUUCCACCUCCGCCGCAAACCACGGCCACGAGUACGGUAGUUCAACAGCUAGAAAACGUGGCGAUAACAGAUCCCGCUUACCAGAACGGUCAAACCCGGAAUUCUCAAUCCAGAGCGAGUAUCGCAAAUCCUAUUGUGCCCAACUUCCAAUCGAUGAUAGUACCCGGCUCUCUCCCCCCUCCACCUCCGCUCAACGGACCUCCGUCAUCAAACGUCGGACGAGGGCCCUCGGUCGAUGAACCGAAAGACCCGGCGCAAUUCACUCCUUUACCGUAUAAUCCCGCUGCGCCCGCCGCCCCCGAGCCGAUUCAGCAUCGCGAGAAAACCCCUCCGCCAGUCGACGGUGCUGACGGAACCGGGCUCGCAGCCGCUGUGGCUGCCGACAACGGCGUUCCUUACAAUCCUCCAUCUCAGCUCUCGGGCGUAGGAAGUUUCGCACCCCCUCCUACUCAAGGAUUACCUUUUUCGAUGCCGGGAAACUAUGCCUCGCCACCUCCAAGCGCAGGGCUCACUCACUCUGGGUCUUUUUCUUCUCGGUCCUCCAUCCAGAGUCCACCGGGAGCUCCGUCAUACACACCCUCGUUCCCUGCCGGCACCAAUCAAACCGCCACUACACCUCCUGUCCAGAUGUCUUUUGCACCACCCCCCAAAGACCCCAACGCGCAUCUCUACGGUCAAACGCAAAAUCAAAAUCCCUACGGAUCGCAGCCUCAAGUCCAGCCUCAAGUCCAGCCUCAAGUCCAGCCGACCUCACCUCCGCCUCCGGUAGGUGGUUACUCAAACUACUCCUACGAACAAGCACCAAGGCGUCAAUCUACGAAUAGCGAAUACGACAUUCAUAAGCAGAUGUAUCGACCCACGGAAGCAGAGGCUGCCUCUCAUCAUCAAAAGUAUGCCCAGCAAGCUGUGCAGAACCCCGGACAACGGCCUCGAAAGCUGGAGGACAGUGCCUCGCGAUUCGAAGGUGGUGUGAAUAGAUUUCUGAAGAAGCUGGAGAAGAAGCUAUGAAUGUUAGUUGUUGAUACGGAUGGGGUCUUUACUUUGAUGUCUAUUUCCUUUUUAUUUCUCCGGAGUUUGGUUUUUAUUCGUAUGCUCUUUCAUGGUGAAUGUACGGCAGAAUGUACGAGAGUCAGGCAUGUAGUGCAAAUAUCCAAGUCAGACUGCUUCCUAAAGAC